GCACAGUUCAGGGCAUAUAUUUAAUUCCCGGAAACUCGUCGCCCUCGACUCUUUCUUCUACCGCUUUGCUCCUACGCGGACGACUAUUUGGUCGACUGUGUGACAGGAUUUGGCCCUCGAAAUGACGGUCCGGGCCUUCUGUUAUGACAAACAUCGUAACCCUGGCAACACAAAUACUCGGCUUCCAAGAUGUAUCUCGGACCCCUUUAGCUGAAGCUACAAGUGUGGCACUGACUACCUAGGACUAAUUCGAUAUCUUGGCCUUCGUUGAGCGAGUGCACUUUGUCAUUUAUCACCACCUCUUCUCUCGCACGUGUGGUCCGGACCGACCAUAUUGAAAAUGGAUUCUGCCGAUUCUCAAGAUAUGAUUGUUGUUCACCCACCUCCAGGGACAAGAUACCUAAGUCACGGGUUUGCCGCCCAUCUCUACGUCACACUCGACCGCGAAUUCGUUAUCAAGCGACCAAAGGGUUUUGUUGGGUACGAUGACAGCUGGGAUAUCUUCCGUGGGCUUGUUGAUAAUGAGAGGAAGAUCUAUGAGCGCCUAGGCGACCACGACGGAGUCAUUGGAUACCGUGGAUACGAUGAGACCAGCGGAUCGAUCCAGCUGGUAUGUGCCAGUGAUGGCGACCUGACCGAUUUCAUCCACAACAGACCGAAGCCGGACCAGACGAUUCGUUCCCAAAUGAUGAGACACAUAGCCGACACUCUCCUCUACAUUUAUUCCCGCAACGUCGCUAUACAGGACAUCAAGACCGACAAUGUGCUCAUGCACCACGGAAUGCCAAAGAUCUGCGACUUUACCCAAGGCAUCCUAUAUCCCCUGACCGAGAAGAUGCGGGAUGUUUGCCCUAAAGAGGUGUUGAACAGGGAUCUUCUUGGGCUCGGUUGUGUUCUUUACUCCAUCUCUACCUAGGACGUCUUCAACUACGAUUUCGACGAGAAAGGCCGCUGGCCCACUUCCAACGACCUGAAGCCGACUGUAAAUGUCCAGUUUGGGAGGGUUAUCGAAAAUUGCUGGUACGGAGGGUAUAGUUCUCUUGAAGACUUUCACAAAGAUAUCGCCCGGAGUUGAGACAAAGUGAAGAAUGCCGAGUCUACCGAAAUAGGGGUGGAUGUGGAUUCUCCCAACAGGGGGGAUUUUCUCAGUGUCCUACGGCGGAACAUGUCCCAAGGCACAAAAAGGUUCGAUUCUGAAACUGUACAGCAAGGAAACCUAGCCGAAUGAUGAGGUUGAAAAUGCCACCAACCAGAUCUCGCCCGUCUGUGAAGACCGGUAGACGCCGUGGUGGGAGGCAGAGGCCGUGUGCAAGUCCAGACUGAAGACAAGCUUAUUAAACAUCUCUGGACGGACGAUGUACGGACAUCAAAAUGAUUUCAUCGCUAUUCAUCGAAAGGACCGCACCGGAAACGCCUGGUUCGUGUCGGCAAAAGAGGAAUCCCGAGCGGUGACACCGUCUCGAUAUGCCAUUGUUGCUCGAGAUGAGGGAGAAAAGGAAUGGGUAGCAUCAAGUUGGGGCAGGCCAAGUGCCGUCACGACAUACAAUUCCACCGCGUACUGUGUCGCACCGUGUCGCGCCGCUAUACAGUUUCCAGGAAAUGGAGGCAGCGGAAUAAGGGAAGGAAAUCUGCCCGGUUCCCCAACUCCUGUCUGAAACAGAUGCCCAGCCGAGAGGCACAUGGGCUUAGAGCGACUACCUUACCUACCUGUAGGUAGUAACACUGGUUGUUUUUUCAUGCAA